UGGUCAGCUUUCCCAUUAUUGGAGAAGAGGGUGUCCUGUUUGUGGCUUGGACCACAACUCCAUGGACCUUGCCUUCUAACUUGGCACUCUGUGUCAACCCUGAGAUGCAAUACAUACAAAUCUUGGAUAAGAAGUCGGGCAAUGUCUACAUUUUGGCCGAAUCCCGGCUGUCCCAAUUGUAUCCUGCCAUGAAUAAGAAGAAAUGGAAGCCCAAGAUGGCAGAGGAACUAUACAAGGUUCAAAAAAAGGUGUCCGGAAAGGACCUUAUUGGCAAGAGAUACCAGCCAUUGUUUGAUUUCUUCAAGAGUGAUUCUUUCUACCAAGUGGUUGGAGAUUCGUAUGUUACGGAUGAUGCUGGGAGGAAAUAUUCCCUGUCCAGUCGAUUCCAUAUGUUCACGGAGGAAGUGCCCCCCGUGAAAGGAAAGAAUGUCAAGGAAGCCGACAAGGAGUUGAUUGCCCUCAUCAAGGAGAAGGGGCGCAUGGUCGAUAGCGGUAGCUUGUUUCACUCUUAUCCAUUCUGUUGGAGAUCCGAUACCCCAUUGAUUUACAAGAUUGUUCCCUCUUGGUUUGUCAAGGUUGAACAAAUCAGAGACCAAAUUGUCGAGAAUAAUAAGCAAACCUACUGGGUUCCUUCUCAUGUCAAGGAGGUUCGAUUCCACAAUUGGUUGUCAGAUGCGCGGGACUGGGUUGAUUCCCGCAAUCGAUUCUGGGGAACUCCUCUACCCAUAUGGGCCAAUGAAGACCUGAGUGAAAUGGUUUGCAUUGGAAGCAUUGAUCAGUUGGAAGAGUUGUCUGGUGUCCGAGUCGAAGAUUUGCACCGCAAAACCGUGGACAAGGUUGAAAUUCCAUCCAAGAAACAGCCUGGAGCAAUGCUUCGCCGUAUUGAUGAAGUCUUUGAUUGUUGGUUCGAAUCUGGAAGUAUGCCUUAUGCCCAGAAGCACUACCCAUUUGAGAACAAGGAGAAAUUCGAGGGUGGUUUCCCUGCUGAUUUUAUUGCUGAAGGAUUGGAUCAAACUCGUGGAUGGUUCUACACAUUGAUGGUUCUUUCCACUGCUCUUUUUGGAAAGUCUGCAAUGAAAAAUGUCAUUGUCAAUGGUCUUGUCUUGGCCAAAGAUGGAAAGAAAAUGUCCAAGCGUUUGAAGAACUACCCGGAUCCAUCCCUUGUCAUUGAUAAGUAUGGUGCCGACGCUUUGAGAAUGUACUUGAUCAACUCGCCCGUCGUGAGGGCGGAAGAACCCAAGUUCAAGGAAGCUGGAGUUUUUGUCUCUAAGAGAGCUCGUUUGGAUAUCCAUCCAAUGAUUACUAUUCUUGCCUUGAGAGUUCAAGAACCUACAAAGUCUGAUUGGAAGAAGUGUGUUCGCAUGAUGCAAUAUUUGUUUUGUACAUUGUUGUAUCACCUAACACUUUCCGCUGAAUCACUACGAGUCAUGAAAUGGAUGAUCGACGCAUCUUUUGCGAUGCAUCCAGAUUUCAAGAGCCAUACUGGCGCACUCUGUCCUUUGGAGGAGGUGCAGCUCAAGUGA